AUGAUCUCGAUCGACGGAAUACUAGACCUAUUAUUUAAGGAAGGUAUAUACAACUACCGGGAAUUGCUUGAGGACUUAUGCUGCGGCCAUGAAUCAGAUGACCCGUACUUCCGCAAAACCGUAAACACUGUUGAGAUAUUUGCUUUCGGUGAUUACAUCCAUUACCUCAAGAACAGUGAGGCAUGCAUUGCGUUACAAAGCCAAGGUAUAAGGAAAUUGGUGAAAAGCACAUUGGUAUCAGUAUGUAACGUCAACGAAGGUCGUCAAUUGUCCUUUGACGAUGUGAUUGAAAUCAAUUCUUUAGAGCAGGCUCUAAGGCAAAUGGGCGGUGAUACACAUUUCCACGAUAUCCUACAAGAUUUGCUUAUUGAAAUGGCUAACGAGGGAAGCAUUGAGAUACAAAUUGACGACGCUACCAGCAGCUUUUUUGUCAACCGCUCCUAUGUUGCAAGAGAUGCAUACAAUCCAAAUAAAUAUAGCUUACGAGUUUUGCAUGAGUCAGAUAUUACAUCAAGGUCAGUACCGCAUGCCAGGAAAUUGCUACUGGAAUGGCUAUCAACUAAGAUAAACCCAGCAAUCCAGGAGUUGAGCGGGCAAAAUUAG